AUGCCCACGGAGCCAGAUUUGGGUGCAAUUCAAGCCUCUCUGCGGGUGUUGAAUGUGACGAAAACGGCCUACCCUGCCAUUCUCCUCAUCGUCUUUGUCGUCGCAUUCGUCUACCAUGGCAUCAAGACUGCUCCUGAUGAUGCCGGCAAGGUCAAAAUCCACCCCAUGAAAGGUCCUGGCGGACGACCUCUCCCCAUUCGAAGGAGGUCCGCCAAUCAAGUCAAGGCUGCUGCGGCGGUCCAAGAUCUGUCCCCUGCAGUCAAGACCGUUUUCAAGAUCGGUCAGGUCAUUAUCAUCUUGACCUUUUUGGGCAAUGCGGCGAUCCUGCUUUUCGAGACCUUGCUCAAUCGAAAAGAUGAAUGGUGGCCUGGGAAGAAUGCAGUGAUUUAUGUUAUAGCGUCAACGUUCCUCUGGCUUGUUGUCUUCAUCUCUAUCCUGGACACGAAGCCCUCCCCAAACUCUGCCCACUUUGUCACGUGGCUCUGCGCGGUGCCUCUGGAAUUCAUUAUCGCCGCGGCGAGUCUACGAAUAUACACCGCACCUCAUUAUGAGCCCCGGGUGGGCAAUCAGCAAGGAGGCAAGUAUAGAGAGAAAAUUACAGGAUGGGAGACGCUCGAAGUCAUUGUCAAUCUUGGCCGACUCUUCAUCCUCCUCGGCUUGUCAAUACUCUUUCUUGUCCUUAAGUCCAAAUGGGGUAGACCCAAGGAGUCGGCCACAGACACCGAGGAUGAGAGGAGACCAUUACUGGGCGGAGACCCUGAAGCAGGGGGGCGUCCGAAUGGCCAUGCUCGUCACGGAGACCAGCGGAAUACCCCAUCAUCAGAACCUAAGGAGCAAGUUGACGCUUGGGCUAAGCCAACCGAAGUUCCAAACAUUACCUGGUUUGCAUAUCUGAGAGGUUUCGUCUUGCUGAUACCUUAUCUCUGGCCUAAAAAAUCCUUGAAACUACAACUACUUGCAGGUACCUGCUUUCUCAUCAUGACCAGCCAGCGAGUCAUCAAUGUCUUUGUGCCUGUCAUGGUGGGCAAAAUCACAGAUGCUCUCUCCGGCGACGACGGCCGUGGGGUUCGCGCCCCUUGGCUGGAUAUUGCUUUGUACAUCUUGUUUAGAUGGCUGCAAGGCUCGCAGGGGAUCCUCAGUGCAGCCAGGUCGAUUCUCUGGAUCCCGGUUGAGCAGUACUCGUACCGCGCGAUCUCAACGGCCGCCUUCGAGCAUGUGCAUGGUCUGAGCGCGGAAUUUCACACGGGAAAACGCACUGGCGAGUUGAUAUCGGCUUUAAACAAGGGAAGUUCGAUCAACUCGUUCCUGGAAAUGGUGACUUUUCAAGUCGGUCCAAUGGUUUUUGAUCUUGUGGUGGCGGUCGUGUAUCUCACCAUCAAGUUUGACGCGUACUUGGGCCUGGUUGUCGCCAUUGUGACAUUUCUAUACAUAUAUGUCACCAUCCGUCUUGCGUCGUGGCGAGUUACCUUGCGCCGAAACUACGUCAACGCUCAAAGGGAGAUGGAAGCGGUGAAAAACGAUUCUCUGCAUUCUUGGGAUACGGUAAAAUACUUCAACGCGGAAGACUACGAGUUUAAUCGUUACAGAUCCUCGAUCAAGCUCAUGCAGAACUUCGAAUACUGGGUGGACGUAACCCUGGCCUACAUGAACACGGUGCAGGGCGCACUCUUCAUGGUUGCCCUACUGAUUGCGAGCUUCAUUGAAGCCUUUGAAGUUGCCCAAGGUGAUCAGACCGUGGGUAACUUUGUGCUUCUGAUAACCUACAUGGCUCAGUUGCAGGGCCCUUUGAAUUUCUUUGGGACAUUCUACAGGUCGAUCCAGUCAAAUCUGAUCAACGCGGAGAGGAUGCUGGAACUUUUCAAAGAACAACCGCAUGUUCUUGACCGAGAAGGUGCCGAAAAGCUAAAAGAAUGUCGUGGUGAUAUCAUAUUCGACAAUGUGAGCUUCAGUUACGACAAGCGACGACCUGCCCUUGACCGACUGACUUUUCGCUGCCGGCCUGGUACGACCACAGCUCUUGUUGGUGAAUCUGGUGGUGGUAAAAGUACUGUGAUGAGGCUGAUUUUCCGCUACUACAACCCAGACUCUGGUCAAAUCAAGGUUGAUGAUAGAGAUGUCCAAGACAUCACCAUCGACUCACUGCGAAAAUUCAUCGGCGUUGUACCUCAAGAUUGCAAUAUGUUCAAUGAGUCGAUCAUGUACAAUCUUCGAUACGCCAACCAAAACGCCACGGACGAAGAGAUAUUCGAUGCUUGCAAAGCAGCCUCGAUCCAUGACCGAAUCAUGGAAUUUCCCAACGGCUACGACACAAAAGUUGGCGAACGAGGCGUGCGUCUUUCUGGAGGAGAACGUCAACGAGUUGCCAUAGCCCGAACGAUCCUCAAAAACCCUCGUAUCACCAUGCUUGACGAAGCCACGGCAGCUUUAGACACGGAGACCGAGGAAAAAAUUCAAGAGUCCUUCAAUACCCUCGCCGAAGGACGGACGAUGAUCAUCAUCGCCCAUCGACUCAGCACUAUUGUGAAUGCUCACCAGAUCCUGGUACUUUCUCAUGGGACUGUGGUCGAAAGCGGUACGCACGAAGAACUUAUCGCUCUUGGAGGCAAAUAUGCAAGCAUGUGGCGGAAGCAGUCAAGAGCGCAGAAGGCCGCCGCAGAGGCUGCCGAGCUAAGAACUCGGGCGAAGAAGGCGUUGGAAGAGGCAGAAGCUGACAGUGCCAGUGUCAGUGAAGAAGAGAUCGAGCAAUCCAAAAAGCGCGACAAGGGUCCGUGGUCCAAAGGCCAUAAGAGGGUCAAUUUUAGUGAAAGCAGCCAUCUGCGGGCCAACUGGACAGUCGAUGAGCACGACCGAGACGGAGACGAUCGAUCAGACACCUCUCAACCGGGACCUGGGGAUAGUGGGCACGGUCAUUCAGGAAAGCCCCCGGGACACCCUUGA